AUGAAAUUAUUCGAAAACACUUUGUGGGUGGCUCGCUCCCUGAUUGGUUUUUCUAGCACCAUUAGGGGCGGAGCUUGAGCGCCGACUUGAGAUUCGAAAUUUGAACAGAAUAUAUCAAUACGUGAUUUAUGUAGACGGAAUUUUUUAAAGUAUUUUCAUACAUAAAACAUGACGAGCUUCGGAAACCCUGAAAACGUGAAGAUGAAAAUGUUUCAGUGGCAUUUGGAUGUGCCUAUUUGGCUUCUUUAUUAUUUUGCGUUCUUCCCACGAUCGUCGCCGAGUUCACAGUCGGCCAGCUCACCGGCCGCGCGCCCGUUCUCGCUUUCUACAAUCUUUGCCCGUCUUUCAAAGGUUUUCCCCAACCACUGAGCCGAUUGGAAUGAAAAACGUUUAGGUGUGGGCGUGUCUAUGAUUUUGUUCACACUAGUCGUUCUUGCUUGUAUGACCAAGUUCGUCGCUUGGCUCUUCAUUUAUAUCUAUUACCUUUUUUGGACGGUACAAGCCUCUCGACCAGGUUAGCAAGUCUAAAUAUUCUCUAACGAGCAACUUUCGCAGGGCUUCCAUGGCUGCACUGCAAGAACUUUCCGGAGUUCCUGUCGUUCCCUUGUCGUGAAGCCGGCUCCAUUUCCAACUUCAGCCACGAGUCGCACACGAAAUUGAGUGCCGUACAGGCGGAGAGCUCCUUGAUGCAGUUUAUGACGUGAAAAACGAAUUUUUUUCCUUCCGUUUCAUCCCAACUUUUUCAGGUCUGUCGAAAGGGCCAGCGAGUCUAUCGAUGAAUACGGAGAACUGCAAAUCGACGUUUUGAUCGCCCAAGCCGCCGUUUGGGUCAUCGUCUUCUCAGCCAUUUGCUUAGGUGUGAGAUUCCUAGGAAAGGUACUUUUUUAUGUUUUCGAAAGAUAUUUUUGUUUGGUUUUUUUUUAUCACAUUGAGCAUGUUCUGAACCCAAAGUGGAAUUUCUAAUGCUGUUUGCUCUUUUUUUUUGCUGAUUUGGAGUCUGAGCUGAAAAAUGCCGCUCGAACGUAUGAUAGAAGUUGUGGUUGCAAAAAUUAGGAGAAUAAAUCUCUUCAAGCUCAAAAAUUUUUUUUCUCGACUUUAAAGGCGAAAUGAAGAAAUUGGCGUUAUGACUGUCAAGAAAGAAAAAAAAAAGGUGAAUCGCGUUUAUUUCGAGUUUCUUGUCAAACUUAGGAACUGCAGAUUCGUCCUUAUAGAGGAAUCUUAGAACUCCUUCUAGGGGCUUCUUUAUCAACCCCUAUAGUGGCCACUAAAGCUUGCAAAAGUGGUCCCUAUCGAAAUGCGAAGAUUUCCGUGCAAAAAACUAAAAAAAAAACCUUUUUUGAAUAAAAUGGAUCGACCCCUAUUGCGACCACUUUAGGGGCCGAGGGGUCAGACCUUAAGCUUCUAGAAGGAGCACUUUUUUGAUAGGGACUGUUUUUUUUUCUCUAACUUCUAUAGGGACCACUCAAAAGUUUCUAAGAAAAGCCGCGUCACGUACGCAACGCUUCUGCCUCGCCAAUCUGCCCAUAUCGCCUUUCAAAUCGGGAAAAAGUCUUAUCGAUAUGUCCCACUAGGAGUUCAGACUUGUACUGGUCAAUGUCAAACAUGAUAAAAUGGGUCGAAAAUACUUGAAAAAUAAUUUCUACAUUUUGGAAAUACAUUUUAGAUAUCGCAGAUUGAUGUAAUUAUCAAUUGGUAACCCUAGAAAAGCCUUUCUAAGCGUCUUCUUAAAAUGAUAUAUUUUUGAAGAAGUAUUUUUCAGUUUGUCGCCUUCACACUAGUCGUUUCUUUCGUGAUGCUACUCGGUCUUCUGAUGGCGGUGGCCGCGUCAGGCGGCUUCGAUAAAGUCUUCUACGUCUACUGGAACGCCACCGAUUGGAGUCGUCUCUACGAAAUUCAGGUCGACUUUUCCUUAUCUCAUUCCGUUAUUUUGAUUUUUGACAGGUUUGGAAACUAGCCUGCGAACAAGCCAUUCUGGCCUCGGGAAUCGGAUUCGGAGUGUUCAUCACCUUGAGCAGUUAUAACAAACGGGAUAGGAACGUUGUCUGGUGAGUCUUGAAAAAAGGCUCAAGAAUUGGACAAUGUCUGCAGCAAUGCCUUUCUGGUGAUCUUGUGGCACGUUUUCAUCACUUUGGUCCAAACUUUGACCGUGCUCGGAUUCGUCGGCGUCGUAUCCCAACAGACGGGUCUGCAGGUCGGCGAGCUCAUCGAAAAAGGUGAUUCGUAA